CCUUUCCGCUUGCGACCAGCAGGCGGCGCUGCGGGCUAAUGCAGCCGCGUCUCCCCGGGGCUCUUGGAAAGAGCGUCAAAGGGCGGGAGGUGAAGGCGGCUGAUGGACGUUCUAUCCCCGACCGCCCUGGUCUCUAUCACCCUUUGUCCUCCAGCCUCCCCCGGGCUCUCGGCCUGCGGGCCUGGUUGCUAGGCGGAAGCGGGGCGCGGCGGCGUCCGCUGCGGCUGCCCGGGCGUUUGAAUAGCGGCUUAGCAGGCGGCAAAAAGACCCUGCCGCCGCGACCAUGGUCCCCAAGUCCGACCAACUGCUCAUCGUCGUAUCCAUCCUCGAAGGUCGCCAUUUCCCCAAACGUCCAAAGCAUCUGCUCGUGGUGGAAGCAAAGUUUGAUGGGGAGCAGCUGGCUACUGAUCCUGUCGACCAUACUGACCAGCCAGAAUUUGCUACUGAGCUAGCCUGGGAGAUUGACAGGAAAGUCCUUCAUCAGCACCGGUUACAGCGCACGCCGAUCAAACUCCAGUGCUUUGCCUUGGACCCGCAGACUUCUGCCAAGGAAACCGUAGGCUACAUUGUUUUGGACUUAAGAACAGCUCAAGAAACAAAGCAGGCUCCCAAAUGGUACCAGCUGCUGAGUAACAAAUACACCAAGUUCAAGGCCGAGGUGCAGAUCAGCCUCACUUUGGAGACAGAUACAAAGGCCCAGGUGGAUAGUUAUAAAGCAAAAGCAGCCCCGCCUCGGGAUGGAAAAGUUCUUGCUAGCCUGGCAGGAGUUGACCCGAAGGACAUUGUUGCAGUAUUGAAUGAGGAAGGAGGCUACCAUCAGAUUGGACCAGCGGAGCACUGUACUGACCCCUUUAUUUUGUCGGUGACGAUUGCAUUUGCCACCCAGUUGGAACAGUUAAUUCCAUGUACCAUGAAGCUUCCAGAAAGGCAGCCUGAGUUUUUCUUUUACUAUUCUUUACUGGGAAACGAUGUUACAAACGAGCCUUUCAGUGAUUUGAUCAACCCAAACUUUGAGCCCGAGAGGGCAUCUGUUCGUAUACGCAGCAGUGUGGAGAUUCUGCGUGUGUACCUGGCUCUUCACUCUAAACUGCAGAUCCAUCUCUGCUGUGGAGACCAGUCACUUGGCAGUACAGAAAUACCUUUAAAUGGAUUACUGAAGAAGGGCAGUACAGAGAUUAACCAGCAUCCGGUCACAGUAGAAGGUGCUUUUACCCUUGACCCUCCAAACCGAGCCAAGCAGAAGCUAGCUCCAGUCCCUCUGGACCUGGCCCCAACUGUGGGCGUGUCCGUGGCUCUGCAGAGAGAAGGCAUCGAUUCCCAGUCUUUAAUUGAAUUAAAGACCCAGAAUGGACAUGAGGCAGAACAUUCACAGAAGAGAGUUUUAACCCCCAUAAAGGAGAAGACACUCACUGGGCCAAAAUCACCAAGGGAGUCCCCUGCCCCGCCCCCACCUCCAAACCAGACGCCUCCAACCAAGGAUGAUGCAACAGAAAGUGAAGUGGAGAGCCUGCAGUAUGACAAGGAUCCAAAGCCCACUGUGAAGGGCAUCGGUUCUGUACCUGCUUCGCUGGCCCAGCCAGAGGCCACCUGUGGUGCGUCAGAAGUGGUGACAUCAGGACAGAAGAUUGCUGUUCCAGCGGCGUCACACCACUUCUGCUUCUCAGUAGACUUAAGAAGCGUCCAUGACUUGGAACUCAGUUUUCCAGUCAACUGCAUAUUGAGGUACUCCUACCCAUUCUUCGGCAGUGCAGCUCCUAUUAUGACUAACCCUCCCGUAGAAGUUCGGAAAAACAUGGAGGUUUUUCUUCCUCAGUCUUACUGUGCGUUUGAUUUUGCAACUAUGCCUCACCAGCUCCAAGACACCUUCCUACGGAUUCCUCUGCUGGUGGAGUUAUGGCACAAGGAUAAAAUGAGUAAAGAUUUACUCCUUGGGGUCGCAAGAAUCCAGCUUUCUAAUAUCUUGUCUUCAGAAAAGACCCGGUUUUUAGGUGCUAAUGGUGAGCAGUGCUGGCGACAGACGUACAGUGAGAGCGUGCCUGUGAUAGCAGCCCAGGGGUCAAAUAACAGGAUAUUAGACCUUUCUUAUACAAUGACACUGGAAGACUAUGGCCUAGUGAAAAUGCGUGAGAUCUUUGUAUCGGAGUCAUCUCAGGGUGUGCCUGCUGUGGAUCAGAAGCCAUCUUCGCCUCCUCCCGCUCCCUGCCCUUCUGAGAUCCAGAUGGAACCCAGAGAGACCUUAGAGUACAAGGCUGCCCUCGAGCUGGAGAUGUGGAAAGAGAUGCAGGAAGACAUAUUUGAAAGUCAGCUGAAGCAAAAAGAACUGGCUCACAUGCAAGCUCUUGCAGAAGAGUGGAAAAAAAGGGACCGGGAAAGAGAGUCACUAGUGAAGAAAAAGCUUCAGAGAGAGAGAAAGGAGCUGCAGUUAGAACGGGAGCGGAACCUUCAAGAGCUGCAGGACUCUGUCCGAAGGGCCAGAGACGACUGUGUGUACCAAGUGGAGCUGGAGAGGCUGAAGCUGAAGCAGCUGGAAGAGGACAAACAGCGGCUUCAGCAGCAGCUUAAUGAUGCUGGCAAUAAGUAUAAGACUUUGGAAAAAGAGUUUCAGCAGUUCAAGGAUCAACAGAACAACAAACCAGAAAUCCGGCUGCAGUCAGAAAUAAACCUCCUCACCUUGGAGAAGGUUGAACUUGAAAGAAAGUUGGAAUCUGCAACCAAGUCUAAACUGCAUUACAAGCAGCAGUGGGGCCGAGCUUUGAAAGAACUUGCCAGACUAAAGCAGAGGGAGCAAGAAAGUCAAAUGGCCCGCCUUAAAAAACAGCAGGAGGAGUUGGAGCAGAUGCGGCUGCGUUACCUGGCGGCUGAGGAGAAAGAAACAGUGAGAACUGAGCAGCAGGAACUGCUGGAUAUAAGGAACGAGCUGAACAGGUUAAGGCAGCAAGAACAGAACCAGUACCAGGACUGCAAAGAGAUUGCAAGUGGGAAGCUGGGCAGCCCGAGGGGCUCUGGGCUGGAAGAAGGCUUGGAUGACUACCUGACACGCCUGAUAGAGGAAAGGGACACUCUGAUGAGAACGGGUGUCUAUAACCAUGAGGACCGCAUAAUAAGUGAACUCGACCGGCAGAUCAGAGAGGUUUUGACCAAAAACAGUGCCAGUUAAAAACCACCGGGGAAACGUUUGCAGAUACGCUAGGUCUGCAGUUUGAUAUUUUGUAAAAUCCUCAAAAGCAAGGGAAGUGGCUACUUUGGAAUGCUCUUUAUAAUUUUUAUAAGCUGAAUUUUAUAUGUUACUGUAUAUAGUAUUUAUUUGAUUUUACUUACGCUACCUCUCCAAUGCUGGCUUCAUUUUAAUUGUGUUUUAUAUGCUCAUUUAAAAUGACUUUUCAGUGUUCUUCAGUUUAAAAUCUGUUGUUUGACUUUAAAAACAGCCUUUCACAACUUGUCCCAGGAGAACUGACCACAGUAGUUCCCACUGUAUAAUUUUUAUGUUGAGCCAAGAGAGAAUAUGUUGCACUUUAAACACGCUGUGUCCUGCUCCCUUUGAGUGUAGAUAUCUUCAAGUUGAAGCCAAUUAUAAGUGUAGCCAUUUUUAAAAAGCAUUUAUAUGACCAGUCUUUUUCCCCUCAACCUGUGGUAUUUGCAGAUGACAACUUUGAAAAUAAAGCAGUCUCGGGCAGAGACGCUGUGUGACAUGUUGGCUGACAAAUUAGUCAUUGCUUAAACACAGUUCAUGCAGAUUAAACACAAAUCAAGUUCCAAAUUUCAUUGGACUCCACUUGAAGACCAUGAGAAAAUAGCUUGGUCUGACCACAAUCUCCUGCUCAUGACUCUCUGAGGCUUCUUGUUAAAAUGGUUGCCUUUGUUUCUCAGUGAUAGCGAUACAGCUCAGGAAUGGACUAUGGAAACUGAUACCUAGCGACAUUAGCUGAGAACACCACGGAGCUGCUUCCCUCCCUCUGCAGUCAGUCUGUUUUCAGAGGCACCCCAGCGAGCCCAGUGCAAGCCCGUAACCCUCCAGAGCUCCUUCACACUGCGCUCUCCAAACCACCCCAUCCUCACAGCGAGCUUAUCCCUACCUCUGCGUGACACUGAGCAGGCAGAUUAGCAAUCUCCCAGGUCAUGCAGCAUCUUGAAACAAAGUAAGAAUUCUGAUUCCCAAAAAUAACAAAUUUAAGUGUAUACUUUAGCAGGUGUGUACUAAUUACCAGUAACUUCAACACAAGCAAAGCAGGUUACAUGGUAAUGUUCAUUCAGUAUAUUUCUUGUUUGUGAAAUUGAAACCUCUAUAGGCAUCAUAUGCUUCUUGUCUUUAACAAAGUCUUUGUCUUCUAAGAGCAACCCCGCAGUAAACAACAGAGGGGUUGCUGGACUUGAGGGUGACGAGACAGAUGAUCAUAGCAGGGAUUUGAAAUAUGAAUUAUGGUUACAUGGUCCUGAUUUUUUUUUUUUGGUGACAUGAAUGGAACAGAAGUAUUUUGUUUUAGAAGGUCCUGGCCCAGCGUUGGUUCUUCCUCCUGUAUCCUGUGAGGCCUGGAGCUUUUCAAACACUAGAGGGGGCCUUAGAGUAAGUGGAAAGGACUUCUAAAAUGUGUGUGUGCUUUGCCUUCCAGAAAGCCAUCUUUGGGCUACUGUAAUAUGACAAAUAAAAUCCUCACUGUGUGCAUCCUUGA